CAGUCUAUAUAUACAGCCAAACCAAGGUAGAAAUCCAAGGCAAGAAGUUUCUUUCUUGUUAUUCAGAUUGUUUCUUUGGUCCCCGAAUUCUGACUUCAAGAGAAACAAAAUGGGUAAUCUUGGCACCAUCUCAUUGGCUUCAUUGCUAUCAAUUCUGUGGUUAUUCUGUGAACAAGUUCAUGGGCAAUACGGAGGUUGGCAGUCAGCCCAUGCUACAUUUUACGGUGGCAGCGAUGCUUCUGGAACAAUGGGGGGAGCAUGUGGGUAUGGCAAUCUGUACAGCCAAGGCUAUGGAACCAACACAGCUGCUCUCAGUACUCCGCUCUUCAACAAUGGGCUGACCUGCGGCGCCUGUUACCAAGUGCAGUGCAACAAUGACCCACAAUGGUGUUUACCUGGAACACUGACUGUCACAGCCACCAAUUUCUGCCCACCAAACAGUAAUGGAGGAUGGUGCAACCCGCCAUUGCAGCACUUUGACCUGGCACAGCCGGCUUUUGAGCAGAUCGCCAAGUACAAAGGCGGCGUUGUGCCAAUUCUGUUCAGAAGGGUCCCCUGUGUAAAGAAAGGAGGAGUUCGGUUCAGCAUUAAUGGGCACUCGUACUUCAAUCUGGUGCUCAUUUCGAACGUUGGAGGAGCAGGAGACGUUCAUGCGGUGUCCAUCAAGGGGUCGGGGACUGGGUGGCAGACAAUGUCGCGCAACUGGGGCCAGAAUUGGCAGAGCAACUCGUAUUUGAAUGGGCAGGCUCUGUCAUUCAAGGUCACUACUAGUGAUGGGAAGACAACGAUUUCUUAUAAUGUGGCCCCUUCGAACUGGCAGUUCGGGCAGACCUUCCAGGGAACCCAAUUCUGAACAGAUGUAGUGAGAUUUUUAGGAUUGCUAAUGCUCUGCAUUGUUGCUGCUCGAUUAACAAAUGAGGCAGCGUGAGCUUUAGUUGGGAAUGAUGUGGUGGCUCUGGCGUGGCACCCUCUUCCCUUGUACUAGUCAUUUUUACAUGUACCUACCGCAUAUAAAUAGUCCAUUUCACUUUUCACUUUUAUUUGUUUGCUUAAUUUCUCUUACAUCCUGUUUAGGAAAAGGGAGAAGCCUAUUGGCAGGUAAUAGAAAUCUCUUUUUACUCUA